AUGGGUGUCUUCACUUUCACAGAUGUAUACACAUCCACGAUUCCUCCGAAAAGAUUGUUCAAAGCCCUAAUCGGGGACUCUCAUAAUCUCAUUCCUAAGCUCAUGCCUCAAUCCAUCAAGAGUAUCGACAUCGUCCAAGGCGAUGGAGGGGCUGGAAGUAUUAAGCAAAUCAAUUUUGUUGAAGGUAGCCAACUUAGUAGCAUGAAGAAUCGAGUGGAUGAGAUGAACGAAGAGACGUUCACAUACAAGUACACCAUGAUCGACUUGGUGGAGAAAUUCGAGUCAAUCGCAUACGAGGUCAAGUUCGAGCCAACCCCGGAGGGUGGGAGCAAGAACAAGAUGACCAGCACCUACAAAACCGAGGGCGAUGCCGAGCUUAAAGAAGAGGACAUCAAGGCCGGAAAAGAGAGAGCGUUGGGAAUGUAUAAGGUUGCCGAAGCAUACCUCCUUCAAAACCCGAAUGCUUAUGCUUGA